CUGAAGUAGAGUUGAGAGCCCCGACGGCCCCUUCGGCGGUCGGGUGGAGUGCUGGAAGCGGAAGGAGGGGCAGGGUGACCUGGGGGAGGCUGGCUGCCUUAGCAGGGCAGGGGAGAGCUGCCUGUUGCAGUGCUUGUAGUGAGUUCAGCCUGCUGUCUGAAUGCACGUAGUAAAUACUUGUUUUGCAGUUAGUGGCACUAGGAGAAGCAAACUUACUCUGUACUUCAUGCAACAUGGAAGAAGAAAAUGCAGUGCCUGACUUUGUUGAUCUUGCAGACCUGGAGAAUGUAGCAGAAAGAGAGCCUGAUCUUUUUACUCCAUUUUCAAUGAAAACACUUUUUGGACUUACAACUAAAUAUGAAUCUACAGCUUCCAAAGAAGAAACAGUGCUUAAAGCAUUUCAACCUUUGCACACCAAUAUAAAUACUCAUGCUGACACCUGGCAUGAGAGGAAUGAUAAUGACUGUAAUGACGACUCAGAAAAUCAGCCUGGCAUGAAUAGUACCAGUGGCCAAGCUGACCCAAUGUCUGGUAGGCACAUGGACCUGGAGCUGGAGUUAGCUGAACAAAAUGAAUUACUUCUUCACCAUUUAAGGUUUGUACAGACUUCUUUGUCUGAAUCUGACAAUGAUGACAAGGAUGCUAUUCUUGUACAAGGUACUUUGGUUCAGACAACAAGCGAUACAGAAUCGGACACAGAGAGUAAGGACCUAAACACCAGUGAAAACAAUACAAGCAAAUCUGGUCUAGACAAUGCUGCUUUGUCUGCUGAGACUUCGGGCAACAACAAUCAAAAUAAGGAAGAGUCAGAAUCAGAAGGACACAGUAACAGUGAUGACACUGUGGAUACAGAUGACAUUGGCUUACACCCACCAAUAUCUGAGCGGCUCCCGAAAGAUCUGGAUGGUAUUCUGGAGCAUGACUCCUGUGGAAAAGACAAAAUGUUAAUGGAUGAGCAGUUCAGUGUCUUGCUUGCUACAGGGAAAUGCCCUCAAGAACUUCCAGAUGAAGAACAAAGACCUUCAACUGAUAAUACACUGCUCCAAAAACCAGCACUGGCUGAAAAGACUUUCCAGCUGCCUGCUUUCUUUAGUGGGCUACGUGUGAGGAAAAAGGGAGUAACCACAGAGGAUGGGGAAACUGUUACAGAAAUUAAACCAAGGGAGAAUGAUUUAGCUCUGCUUAAAUUACGACAGCCAGUUAAGAAAUCCAGUAUUACAUCAGGUUUGGCCACUAAAAAAAAAUCAGCUGAACUUAAAGCCAGUCCUACUUUCCUGGAACAACUCUCGCACUUGUUAAACAUAGACGUCUCUAAGAAUGAAGGUAGAAUUGAGGAUUCUGGUGAAGGAUCUGGGGAGACUGAGAACAGUGAUGAAGCUCAAGAAAACAAAGCCUCCAGCAAAACAGAAUCACGAUUUCCCUCUGAGGAAAUAAAAUCAAGCCCUGCUGAAUCUGCACUGGACGUCUUUAAAGCUUUAUUCACACGGCCUCCAAAAAAAGAAACAACUGCAGAUACUUCAGAGCUGGAAGCCAUAAAACGCAAAAUGAGAACUGAAAAAGAGUCCUUGAAAGCUGUAUUUGAAAGGUCAAAAUUGAAACCUGGGGAUGGACCAUCAGACAAGUCUCCUGACCUGAGUCCCUCAGAGCAAGAUGACAAGACUCCAGGGAGACUCCAGACUGUCUGGCCACCACCAAAAGCAAAGCAUGAAGAAGUAAAAGUAGGAUUAAAGUACACAGAAGCAGAGUACCAAGCGGCCAUUUUGCAUUUGAAGAGGGAACACAAAGAAGAAAUUGAAACAUUAAAGUCUCAGUUUGAACUCAGGGUAUUCCAUAUUCGUGGAGAACAUGCUGUAUCAACUGCUCAGCUUGAGGAAACAAUUGCACAUCUGAAGAAUGAACUUGAUAAUAAACUAAACAGAAGGAGUGAAAAAGCAAAAGAUAUUGGCGUUUCUACUGAAGAUGGUAACCCACCAAAGACAUACCGAAAUGUAUGUAUACAGACUGACAGAGAAACUUUCAUAAAGCCUACUGAAGAAGAAAACAGAGCUGUGAAAAAUAACCAAAUAGUACCCAAAAAGCUUAAUAUUUGUUCUUUGUCACAUAAUAUUUCUGCCCAAAGUGAAAAUAAGGACAAUUACAAUGUACAGUCUUCAGAAAGUGUCUUACCUUGUCAACCGAAACAAAUGCUGCCUCCUCCACCAUUAGCACCGCCACCACCACCACCUCCUCCUCCCCUUCCUGAUUCUUCACUACGAGGUUUAGUUCCUCCACCACCACCUUUACCAGUGGGUACGACUUCACUAACAUCUCAGUUUGGAUCUGGCCCACCACUGCCACCUCCACCUUCUGAAAGCUGUAGGAAUUUUCAAGCACCACCACCACCUCCACCACCCCCACUUCCAGGGUCAGGACCUCCUGUGCCUCCUCCACUGCCUGGAUCUGGCUUACCACCACCCCCUCCACCUCCUGGGCCUGGGUUCUUUUUUAAUAGCACUUUAUCUUCAAACCAAGGUCCUCGAAAACCUGCCAUUGAACCUAGCCGUCCCAUGAAGCCUUUGUAUUGGACACGGAUACAAUUACAAGAUAGCAGGAAAACUGCUAUGCCAACAUUAUGGGAAUCAUUAGAAGAACCUGAUAUACUUGAUACUACUGAGUUUGAAUAUUUAUUCUCCAAAGACACCACUCAGGAAAAAAGAAAGCCAUUAUCAGAGACUUACGAAAAAAAACCCAAGGCCAAAAAGAUUAUCAAAUUAUUGGAUGGAAAACGGUCUCAAACUGUAGGAAUUUUAAUAUCCAGUUUGCACCUGGAGAUGAAGGAUAUUCAACAAGCUAUUCUGUGUGUUGAUGACUCCAUAGUAGAUCUGGAAACACUGGAAGCACUAUAUGAAAAUAGAGCACAAAAGGAUGAACUGGAGAAAAUCAAGCAUUAUUAUCAGACUUCAAAAGAGGAGGAACUGAAGCUUCUGGAUAAACCAGAACAAUUUUUGUAUGAGUUAUCUCAGAUCCCCAACUUCACAGAACGGGCUCAGUGUAUUAUCUUCCAGUCAGUUUUUUCUGAAGGGAUUACAUCAGUGCACCGGAAAGUUGAUAUCAUAACUCGUGUUUCCAAGGCUUUGCUGAACAUGACAAGUGUAAAGGAAAUUUUAGGUUUGAUUCUUGCUUUUGGAAAUUAUAUGAAUGGUGGGAAUAGGACCCGAGGUCAAGCAGAUGGAUUUGGAUUGGAAAUACUCCCCAAACUAAAGGAUGUCAAAAGCAGAGAUAGUGGUAUUAAUCUUGUGGAUUAUGUCGUCAUAUAUUACCUACGCCAUUGUGAUAAGGAAGCAGGAACAGACAAGAGUAUUUUUCCUUUACCAGAACCACAGGAUUUUUUCCAGGCCUCCCAAGUUAAAUUUGAAGACCUAAUAAAAGACUUAAGGAAACUGAAGAGAGAUCUAGAAGCCUCUGAAAAGCAGAUGAAGUUAGUUUGCCGAGAGUCUUCUGAAGAACAUCUCCAGCCCUUCAAGGAGAAACUAGAGGAAUUCUUCCAGAAAGCUAAAGAAGAACGUAAAAAAGAAGAGAGUAGUUUGGAAAAUGCACAAAAAUGCUUUGAAGAAAUAGUGGGAUACUUUGGGAUAAAGCCAAAGCCUGGUGAGAAGGAGAUCACACCAAACUACGUUUUCAUGGUGUGGUAUGAAUUCUGCAGUGACUUCAAGACCAUUUGGAAACGAGAGAGCAAAAGCAUUUCUAAGGAACGAAUUAAAGUGGCUCAGCAAUCAGUAAGCAAGUUAACUGCAGAGAAGAAAGUUGAAACGAAGAAAAUCAAUCCUACAGCUAGCCUGAAAGAAAGACUACGUCAGAAAGAAGCCAGUGUGACAGCUAACUGAAAGAAGAAAAAUGAAAAUUAUAGUGGACUUCAUACCUUGCAUGAUGCUUUACUACAGCCAUGGCCCGGGGAGCACCUUAUGUUAGACACUGAAUUCUUUGCUGAUCUGUACCAAGACAAUCAACUAAAGACUUUUGAAUUCUUUCAGAGGGGUUUGUACAUUCCAUAGAGGGAAUUCUAAGAAGGUUUUUACAUGGGAAGCAUGAACUAUUUUCUGUAACACUUCCUUACCAUUGCUUUAAAUGCAUCUGGUUGCUGAUGGUUAUUUGAAGUACUCUGAGCAUAACACGUUAAUAUGAAAGAGCUAAAAAGAGCAUUUUGGCUGCUAAGUAAUGACUAACAACCUGUAGGUUAUUUACAGGGCUUUGUGUAGAUGAGAGAACAUGUGCCAUUCAGCUUACAAAAGACUAUUACAUCAUAUGUUUGUUUCUUCAGCAGGAAUUGAGGUAAACUUGACUGAUUCUAAAUAAUUUCAGUGUCUAAGUAUUGGAUGCAUCUUUCUAAAACCGAUUAAAUGUAAUUAUAGAUUUAUGCUGUAUUUUACUAUAAAUAUUUUUAUAGAAGCUUCAGCUUAUGCCAUACAUGGAAACGAAAACAGUGUUUUGCACAUGAAAAAGAAUAGCUUAAAAAUAGCUUUAUGUUUGAUGGCAUAACUGAUUCAUUAUUUUUGUGGUUUUAACCUAACAUUUCGUAAAUUUUAAGCUUCAAAAGAAAAAUAAUAAAAAAUCAAUUUUUUAUUUCAAUAUAUAUUGAAAAUAUUAAUUCCAUAAAAUUAUGGUUUUAUUAGUCAUUAUUUAUUGAACUAAAAUAUGACUGUACAUCUCCAUGAAGUUACACAUCUGCCAUUAAAUCUCUGGCUUUCCAUUCUACUGAAAGCUUUCAUUUAAACUUGAUAUCUCACUCUAAAAUAUAUUAUGCAGCCAGCAUUUGCCCCACUAUAUUUGUAUGAAGAGUGUGUCCAGCAUACAUAUGUAUAUAUAAUCUAAUAAGUAAAACUUGAGGAAGAAAUAAAAGAGUCUCACUAUCUUCCUGUAGCAUUAUAACCAUUGCUCAUAAAGUGUCAGAGCCUGAAAAAACAACCCCUACAGAAUAUCAUAGAAUCAUAGAAACAUAAAAUAGUUAGGGUUGGAAAGGACCUUAAGAUCAUCUAGUUCCAACCCCCCUGCCAUGGGCAGGGACACUUCACAUUGAACCAUAUCACCCAAGGCUUCAUCCAGCCUAGCCUUGACCACUGCCAGGGUUGGAGCAUUCACAACCUCCCUGGGAAACCCAUUCCUGUUACUCAAAGCUUCUUACUGCGUUUUAAGGCUUUGGAUUUUUAGGAGAGAUCUUUAAGCAGAAGUUAAUGUAAGGUAAAACAGAAAAGUGAUUUUUAAAUACAAGUAGGUAACAACCUAUAAAUAGGAGCAACGAACUUGGAUAAAACAUGUUUCUGCUUGCCGUUCAUAAAAGAGAAGUCCCCUUCUUUAUAUCUGAAUUUGGUUUAGAAGAGAAAUUACGUGAAGCAAAAAAGUACGAAAGGCUAAUAGGAGGAAGGUAUUAGUCCUUUGCUUAGAAGCUGGGAAGAAUAUACAGGAGACAGGCGUGGAUUAUCCAUAGAGUAAAUUAGAUAGAGAAACUGUGAUAAAUUCUAAGACAAUGUCAUAGCCAGAAGUGUACACUUUUCAGUGAAAACAGCAGUUGCAGAGCCCUCCAUACAUGAGUUAACUUGAAGAUUUCAUAUACUGCAGGUUUCUUAAAUGAGACUCACUCUUGCAUGAACAAAAAUAAGGGAAUCAAGAUUCUUCUGUGUGUUUCGAAAUUUCUAGCUGCUGCAGAUAAACUCAAAAUAUGUAAGCAUAAUUUUUAUGAAAAAGUCAAUACUAUACCAGCUACAGUAACCUGAUUUGUAAUUUAUCUAUUCCCAUGGCAGAGAAGUUCCAGAGAUUUAAGUUUAGUAUAUUCCAUCAAAUAGGUAAAAUGCAUUUUUUUCCCAGUAUUAUUAGGGAUAUACAAGAGCAAUAAUGCUUAUAAAAGCCAAAGAGCAACAGCAAGCAAGGCAAAUAUUUAAGCAAACAAGUCUUGAUACGGUUUUCUGUCUAUCUUGGAGACAGUGUAUGUUGCCAUUUAACUUGAUCUGGAAUUUUUCACUGAAAAGUUUUACUUGAACUGUUAGUUAAGAAGGGUAGCACUGUUUGUGAAAAAGUACUGGUCUUGAAAAUUCUUAUUAGAAAUAUAUUAUGAAGAAAAAAUUUAAAUCAUUGAAAUAUGUUUCAAAAUACCUAAAUGUGAAAUUUCAUUUUUUAGUUCAAAUUGACUUUUCAUUUUGAAAUGUUGAAAAAUGUAUAUAAAAAGGGAUUAAAAUUAAAAUUAUUGGUGUAAAGCAUUCCUUGAUCAGAUUUAUAAUUUUUUUAGAUUAUCAAUUUACCAGAGCUUUGAUACUAUAUGCUGGUUUUUUUUUCAGAAGUUUGAAAAACUUACAUAGCUCAGAGACAUUGUUUCUUCCUCAUCUUUAAUUGUACUGAUUUUCCUCCCUAAACAGAUUCUUAUUCCAGCUUCACCCGCGACUUAAAUCUUCUACUACUAGUUAAACUACUUUUAAGUGAAAAAAAAAAUCAAUUCACCCAGACUUUUUGAUUCAUUCUUUUAAUCAAGACUUCAAGAGUCUUGGAUGGAAUUCAUCAGCUAAAUAUCACACUUACACCCUUAGUGAUACCCAGAAGUGUCUUCAGACACUAAAAUGUUGUAUUAGAAAAGAGAUAUCAACAGGUAUUAUGUAUCUAUGUAAACUGUUAAAAUAUCAUAUAUAUUGACACUACAGACACAACAAGUGUGCAUCAAUCAGCAUUGAUCUUAUGGUCACAAAGUGUCACCAAAAGUUGUGUUUUAACCUUGUGUUUAGUUUGGUGCCUGAGUUUGCCCUGAGCUUCUUAGUUUGGGGGGAAUUAAAAGGAGAGAAAGAAAAUAAAAAGAUGGAAUGUAACAGAAGUCUCUGCUGCAUGUCUACAUUGCUGUCAAGGAAGUAAAAGUAAAGAGUAAACUAAAUUAAGACAAGCAGCAAUAGCUAGACAGUUACAGUUUUUUGGACUAUGCAACUUAAAAUACCUCUACACUACACAGAAGUCACUUCAGUGACCACAAAGUAGAUGUGGCGUGAGAGUGGGGUUUUUUUCUCUUUUUUUUUUGUUUUGUUUUCAACUCUUCUGUUAUUGCCAAGCUUCUUGAAGUCUGUAAAGCAACACACUACUAAUCCCUAUAUUGCUCAGUAGGUGCUUUUUACCCAGGAAAAUUAUGUAUCUUACUGACUUAUAAAUCAAAUUGUUAGGAAGAUUUCAGUUUAGAUGAGAAAAUUUCAAUAAUCUGUGAAGUGCUCUUUACCUUAUUUGCAACAUUAAUACUCACUAAUUUUAAAACUAAAGAUCUUUUAGCAUCUUUAAGAUAUUUUAACAGUAUAAAUUAUAUUUUCAUUGUGUUUUUAUCAAUCUGUAAAAACUCCCAGGUGUUUUGCCAUGACUAACCUAUGUCAAUGCUUUAUCAUGUGCUUUAUUAUAGAUUUGUAAAAGUAUAGACUGAAUAUUAUACUUUUUUUAUUUAGCUGAUUUUUUUUGCAGCAAAAUAGAAACUGUGAUGUAUAGUUCAGAAAAUUAAAGUAGAAUGGAUGGAAUAUUCAGGAAGCAGAGAGAAAAUAAUUUAAGGAUAAAGUUUACAUAGGAUAUCAACCUUUCUGAAUUGCUGAGGAUAUCUUCUCCAACCGGAUAUAAACAGCCAGAAUAUCUCUCAUCAUUUUAUUUUUUUCCUACAUGAAACAUGAAGAAAAUAUUUAGUUUUCCAUAUGACGUACAGGGUGCUCAUUGCCCUGAUUUUCCAGUAAAUUGUUAGGAAUUUCUUUCUUAUAUCUAAACAUCUUUCCUGGCUGAUGAAUAUGGGGCACUGGAAGACUGUGUAUUUUCUCUACUUAGUCAUCCUAUUUCUUCAUUCCUUCAGGUCGUCUUAGAAAUGAAUGCCUUAAUCUUGUGUGGGUGUGGAAUUUCAGAAACACCCAAACAACUUAGAAAUAUUAAUCUCAUUAUAGCAUUGAUGUGUUUCUAAAAUUCCACUUCCCUAAUCUGUGUUUAGUCACCAGUCUAAGCUUUUUAUUUCCAAAAAUCAUAUCCACCUAGUUUUUUCUUGGCCUUUUCUCAGUCUUGUUCAAUAUUGUCACAGAUCUUCCCCUCUUUUUUUUUUUUUUAAUGCAUUUAGAAUUUGUUAAUGCCAAUUGCAGUGAAUUUCAGGAUUUCCAGUCUGGAGAGUUUUCUUUAGCAUUCUUCUUUUGGAGAUAGAAUCAUAGAAUAGUUAGGGUUGGAAAGGACCUUAAGAUCAUCUAGUUCCAACCCCCCUGCCAUGGGCAGGGACACCUCACACUAAACCAUAUCACCCAAGGCUUUAUCCAACCUGGCCUUGAACACUGCCAGGGAUGGAGCAUUCACAAGCAUAUGCAUUCACCUGUGUAAAGAUAAUAAAAUAGAAAGUUAAGGGGUAGCUUGAUUAUAGUCAAUAAGUUGCUUCAAAGACAGAAAAUACUAGGAAAUAAAUGGUUCCUUGAAGAAAAAUGUAACAAACCAGUAUAGAAACUAAAACCAGAUAAAUUAACAUUAGCAAUAAAACCCAAACUAUCGUUAAUGAGGAUAGUUAAUCACUGAAAAAGGUCACGAAGAUAGUUUUGAUUUCUCCGUUUUCUGAUGCUGUCAAAAGAGGAUGGAACAGCUUUCUGAAAAGUUUGUGUAGUUUAAUACAUCUUAUUAGACUCAGAUGUAUGUGAGUGGCAUCCCAUAUCCAUUGACUCAAUAGUUCAAAUAGUUCCUCUAGACAGAAAAGUAUAUCAAAAGAGCUAAUAAAAUAUUUUUCUCAGCUGUAAUGAAAUAUUCUUAUCCAAGCUAGAAAAGCUGCUGUGAUUUUAAAUUUAAAAUAUCACAGUGUGGUUUAAACAACAUAAUGCAGGAAACCAUUGUCAAAUUGUAAAUGUGGCUAUUUCAAAUUAGUAAUUAACAUCUGCCUGAUGCCUCUUGUUUUAUUAACAAGGUAGCAAAUUUAUAUGCUCUGGAAUUCAGCAACAUUUUAGAAAUUCCCAAGCUAGGUAUGAGAAAACUGACAUUUUGGAUUGUACAAUGUGAAACCAGGAUCAUCAAAACACUAGUUCCGUAGUAUUUUUUUGAGAUGUAAAAUUCAACAGUUGUGCAAGCAAAAUUGGUAGAAUUAUUCAAAAAUAGUUGGUUUUGCAAAUUGGGUUCUUUUUUUAAAAAAUGCCUGCAAGAACUUUUAUUUCUUUUCUUAAAAAAAAAAUAAAAAAUGUUCUUAGAAACAUUACUAAAAUGGAUGUUAAUUUUUUUCACCUGUUGAAAAUGUGGCACACCUAAAGUCUGUAAUAUUUUCAGUAAGUUGACAAGCUUCAGUUGGCUUUAAAUGAUUUUUAUUUGAUACCUAUAGAAUUCAAGCUUUUAAAUUUGUGCCUCUUUGUAAAAUGUAAUGGGUAUAAAGCAAUGAAAUAAAAAUGCUGAACUGAUAACUUAGACCCAGAAAGCACCAUGUUCCUGGAGUGACAUUAUCAAGCAGCAUCAGCUUUCCCAUCAUGUCAAACAGCAUUGUGUUUCCUGUGGUUUGCUUCUGCCAGAUGUCAUCUUAGAGCCAGUUAAAGGCAGGGGUGUUUUUUGGUUUGUUUUUUUUUAUUAGAUGUUUCUGGUUAAUUUCAUUUAAUAAUUUGUCACCUCAAUUUCAUCUUCAACAAUCUAAUAUUGAGGUAAUACAAAGCCUUUUUAUAGGGGCUGAUGUAUAUAUAUAUGCAGUUACUUUUAUUUACAUAAGUAUUCCUGUGGCUCACACAGUAAAAAGUAUCCAGAGGACAUUAUGGCAUCAUGGGACUGACUAAAAUGUCUUUCAGAAUCCUGUUAUGAAAUUUUUCCUGAACUAUCUUAGUAUGGAACAUGGAUUUCAUGGUAAGAUGGGCCUCUAAAGGUUUUGGAGCUCUGGGACAUUUUGGAGGAUGGAGACUGAGGCUGUUGGAAUGACAUCUUUGCUUUAGGCAUCAAUUUCUGAAAGUAUGGCUUCUCUGGAGUUACACUGCAGUUGAAUUCCCUGAGCCAAGACUGCCCCAGCUACUCCUGGAAGUGAGACUGGAAAAUACUGUCAACAGCCAUACAUUUUCAAAGGGGAAAGAGAUCACAGUUACAUUUCCAGAUUAAAGUAAAAGCUAGCAGUCUUCCAUAAUAGCAGAAAUUUUGUAUAUUUGUAUUUAUUCUUUAGAUUAUACAGAUUUCAGAAAUUCUGCAUUCCUAUAUGAACUUCAUUCUGUGCCUGUGUUCUUGUAUUUACUGUUCAUGUGAUUAUUUAAUAUGAACAGAAUAACAUAUUUAUUCCUACUUGUUUAUUGUGCUGCAGUCACUAAAAUGGUGACUACAAAAACUGUUCAAAGAUAGAUCCGUUAACUGAGUCCCAGCAGGCAGUUGUAUUUCAAGUUUCCCAGUGUUGUUCUCCCAGGAACCUUCCUAUUUUCCUAGAGGUAAGAUGAAUUCAACUGUCAUGCUGUCUGAGUUCUCAGCCUUUCCUCAUCAUAAAUUCAGAUGACAUGACUGGUUGACUGUGUUUCUUUAAUCUUUUUUUGAAACUUCAGCAAGAUGACUCCUGUUAUUCUGUGAAUUAUGCAUUUGAAAACUUCAAAUGGUACAUUUUCUCUCUGACUUCUGCCAGUGGGACCAGGCUUGUAGUUCAGUAUUUUUACUUUCUCAUUUGGCAUGCUGUAAAUACAUUGUAGCUGGAAAAAUGCUCAUCCUGAGCAACCAUUCACAGACAGUGUGUUAUAGAAACUGCAAAAAAUACGUAGAUAUCAAAGAAUAUAGCACUAUUUCUUAUUGCUUGGAGCAUUGAUAGUCAGCAAAUGAACAUAUAUUUUGUAUAUCACCUGAUGCUUAUUUCUUAGCUGUAAAGUAUCUUGAGGAACGUGUUGCCAUAACUAGCUAAUCAUUGUAAAACUGGAUAAAAGCCAUGUUCUUAUAAUUCUUACUUUUUUUUUUCUCUUUACCAGAAUGAGGUUUUGUGGUAUUGAUAUCUUCUAGAUUUUAGGGGGAAUGAUACCAUUUUGUAAUGAAUCAAAAUGGAACAAGGUCACAGUUCUAUUCUAGAAUUCUGACAUACCUGACAGGAAGGUGAAGGAAAAAAAACACAUUUCACAUAAAAACAAUGGGGUUUUUUUUCUGAUUCCUUUUUAUUCAGUUAUUCAUUUGGUGUUACAGUUCACUAUGUUUAAAAGGGCUGUAAAGAAAUUAGAAGAUUCAGCUAUGAAUCUCAUUCCUUAAAGAUUUCCUGUAAUGUUCAAAUUCAGCAAAUUGCCAUGCAGAACUCCUCCCCUACCAUCACUUUUCCUCAGUAAUUCAUGUAAUUCCCCACUCUCCUUCUUUUAUUAAAACCAAAGUUAUUUACUUACCAAACUGGUUGCUAAAGGUCCAAAAAAAGCUCAAAGGCUGGGUGAGGAGAGGUUGAUUAACUUCCAAACCACAAGAAAGACUUACGUGUCUUUACUGAGCACAAGUUGAACUUUUUGUAAUUUACCUAAGUUGAACAUAAUUUAGUUUCAGAAAAUUAGACAAUCGAUACAGUGGUUUCAUGCAUUUCUAUUAUCAUUUUACAUCAAGAAAGCUUGUCUCUCUGAGUAGAAGGCAGAACUUGUGUGUUUAGUUAUGUAAUCAACUUCUGCUUGAUUCCAGACCAGAAGUAUGUGUGAUAUGGAAGAUGUAUCUGAGUGUUUGGGCUUACGUUCUAUAUAUAUUUUCCAUAACUUAUCAUGGGGCCAAGCAAAAAGACUCAGUAAUGUACAUAAAGUGAAAAUGUUGAUAAAUAAUACAAUUGAAACAAUAUAAAGCUUACUAUUUCCUUCUAAUGGUUUUUCAUUUGAAGAAGUUCAUCCUCACAUAACUUCCUAUUGAAGUGUUUGGUUUUGUUUAUUUCAGUUAAAAGAUUCUAUUAAAAUAGACAAUCUAGCUAGCUUGUCUUGGACAGGGCUCUGUGGGGCUCAAGUUCUAGUCAAGUAAAAUAAUUUGUAUGCAUGCUCAACAGGUCCACUUGUAGCCUUGAAUAACACUGCUUCAUCUGCAUAUGGCUCAGAGAAAGGAGAGACUUGAGAGGGACAUGUAAUGGAUUUUCAGGUGUCAAGUUCAGAAAAGCUAUUCCAAAUUAAAUGCAUUCAUUUAUUGCACUUGGUUUGAAAGUUCAGUGAUACCUGUUGCAAAGAAAAACUCAUGCUCCAUGUCAGAAGGAAUUGGAUAAGGACUUUGCAGAGAGUUGGUAAAAGUACUGGGUUUUGCAGGAGCUCUCAGCAAAUGUGAAUGCCCAGCCUGAUGACUGAAAAUAUGUUGCCCAGGAGAAAGAAUUCUUUUUAUAGAUCUUUUAAAAUAUAUAUUUAUUAUAAUUAUAUUUAAUUUUGGGUGGUAUAUCAGCCUCAAGAAGAAAAGAUGCCCCUCUCAUUGUACUUAGCUAUCACCUUCUGUACAGGCUAAAAGCUUUGACAUACCCAGAAAUUAGAGGAAACAAAAAUAAAGAAGAAAUACUAUUUUGGGAAGAAUCAGAGUUGGCAUCCAGAAAGUGUUUUCAAUAGGAUUAUAGUAUGAUUUUCAACUUUCAUUUAGUUCUUUGAAAUCUUUUUGUUUUCCUUUCCAAUCAUUUCGAGUUGAAUACUUGUACUGUUGAAUGUUAUUGUUGUUUGUACUCUUCCCUCUCUUCUGACCAUCAAAAUACAGUCCGCGUUGGCUGUUUAACUUCUCUUUGAAGAUGUAGCAAAAUGUCAAAUUCUGUUGCAAUGCUAUUAAUAUUCUCUGUGUACCUAGCAAGUUUCACAGACAUAACAUGGUUUAAGUCUUUCACAUCCAGAUGGGAUUUGCUUUAAUAAAAUCAUAGUUUUGCUUGAAUGUUCACACAUAGACUCAGCAUAUAUAUUUGCUGUUACUUGAAUUGAGCUCUACUCUGUAUUUUUCAUCCCACAAAAUGUGCAGCAAAAAUAAUGUAAUAUAAUAUGGGUUAGGAUUUUUGGUUUUCAGGGAUUAAACUCCUUAGGGUUGUUCUUGACUAAGUCUGUUAUAAUUGUCUUAAAAGAAUAAGCUAAAUAGAUUCAGGUGCUUUCCCCCCCUCCCCCUUCACAUUGUAAUUAAAUAUGUGUGUGUGUGUUUCUACUAUGUAUCUGAAAGUUUAAUUUUCUCAAAACCCAAGAUGUGCACAUGAUUAACUUUGUAAAAUUUCUCGUAGUGGAAUGGAGUAUUUAUUUUUAAACUAAAUUCUUAAGGAACUGUUGACUGUAAAUAAAAGACUAUAUUUUCCUCCUCA